CUUACGAUACAUCGAGGCGUCGAACCUGAGGCCUGAGAAGUGUGGGUCUGUGUGCUGAGUGGUCUCAUCAAGUUUCAUGCAGCUGGACAUUACGGUAGUGCACAGCCACUGCCGAACAUCAAACACAACUACAUAUGAUUCUUUGAUGAUACUAGCAACCACCCCUUAAGCUUGAUCAAGCACGGACAUGGCAUCUCAAGCUGCAGCGGCAACCAUCCUCGACUCGGUCAUCCUAAAGAUUCUACAUGCUCACAAUUUUUCAAGGUCAUCGUCACAGGCUUCUGUGGUUCUUGCCAGCCUCGUUUCUCGCUAUCUUAUUCUCCUCUCUUCUGUCUGUGGUAGCUACGCCGAACUUUCAGGACGCUCACGAAUAUCAGUAUGGGACGUGUUGAGCUCAUUAGGAGAUCUCGGUGUGAACCUGGAAGAGUUAGACGAGUAUUGCGUCUCUGAAGGAAAGGAUCUUGGAAGGUAUGCGAGCAGUAGUGCCAGGAGACUCGACGAUCUCUUAGAAUUCAGAGGUUAUCUCGAGGACGGCCACGAAGAUAACUCGAUACCUCUUAUCGACCCGCAACCUUUGUCAGGCGACGACUUUGACGAUUUAUUCGACCGCUCAACUACUCCAGAUUUCCUCCCACCUCUCCCAGAUGAUACAUCACGACCGCGAAGCGCAUCGCCCGCGCCCACGCCUCACCCCGUGAAGCUAGAAAAACCGCCUUCACUCAUCCCACAGCACAUAACCUCCAACACCGUUUCCGACUACGUAACACAGGUCAACUACUCAGAGUCAGUCUUAGCUUCCACCCCAGAGUGGCACCUCCCCUCGCGCCCACCAGCCAGCGCCCUCUCCCGAAAACAGCCACCUCACCUUCCAACCCCCCAAACAGAACAAGCGCUCCUCCAAGCAUACCACCACAUCCUCACGCACCCCGUCCCCCCUCCCGGCCCACCAAACCCCUUAAAACACAAAGUUGCGACGACUCUCCUUUCCCAAGUACAAAACAACCCGCGGUGGAACCCUCCAGAUACGCUAUACGCCAAUAUUGCACCCUGCCCACCUCGUGUCGCACUCAUCGGCCCUUCUUACCCAAUCGCACAGUCGACUCUGGACGACAUACGCGCAGGGAAAGACGACAAAGAAUCAAAUAAUAAACCCAUAUUCCCCUCUGCGCCACCUCGCCCAGUCUUUUCCUCAGACAAACCCGUUUUUCUGGUGUCUCAGCAAUCUUCGCGUCUGCCAGACCUUGCGCGUCAGAUCUUACCUCCCUCAGUGCUCGCACGCACCACGCGUCUCGCACAUCCACCUGUAUUACAACGGGGCAACCAGAAACUCUAUUACGGCACUGGUAUCAGCGCCCCGUGGAACUCUUCAGCAUCAGGGGCGCCUACUGCCACGAAAGCAAAAGACGAGAGCACAACUAACGGACGCAGCAACGAACCUCCAACGUUCACAUUACCCGACGCACAAAUGUUCGCCACGUGGGAUUUCGAGGCAAAGAGACCGCAAGAGGCAUUGGUAGUACGCAGAGGGAGGGGCGGACCUGCUUCUGGAGUGACACUGUCUAUGGGGAACCGUAAAGGGUAGCAUGCUGAGGCAAUUGAAUUGGAUGGCGACCAUUUUCUCCACAAAUGUACCAUGAUCGAGGGCUAGAUUCGGCUCAGCAUUGGCUCAGCAAUAGCUAUACAUUGGUGUACUCAGGGGAUGCACAACAAACAGGUGAUAAGAGGUGCGGUGAGUGAUAUGGAUACGGGCCGCAGCCUGUAGUUGCGAAGAUGGCUGAGCAUGAGCUGGUCCACCGGAUUGAUGGGUGUCACUCGUCUGAUGAAGAAAGACUCGACGGAAGUGACACAACGCCUCAUCCGAUUCUUCUGCGGUGCACCUGGGAGACAUUGUGCG